AUGGAGCAGGCCGCCGGCGAGGAAGCGAGGGUAGGAGGAAAGCUGCCUAAACUCACGAUCAUGGAGGAGAUUAUGCUUUUGGCUGUUAAAGACAAACAGGGCUACCUGUCGUUCUGGAACGACAAUAUCUCGUAUGCGCUACGUGGCUGUAUCUUGAUUGAGCUUGCCCUCCGAAGGCGGAUAGCGUUGGUCAGGGAUCCCAAUCGUCGACGGGUGACGCCAGGCGAACGAAUCGUGGAAGUGAUUGAUGAUCGACAAACGGGGGAGACGAUUUUGGAUGAGGCGCUGCGGUUGAUGAAGGGCCAGCAGGACAUCGAAAAGCUAAGCGUGAACACUUGGAUCGAUCUCAUGAGCGGCGAAACAUGGAACGUAAUGAAAGUCGGCUUCCAGCUCAAACAAGUCCGCGAACGUCUUCUCAAAGGUCUAGUCGACAAAGGGAUCCUACGCACCGAAAAACGUAAUUUCCUACUCUUCGAUAUGGCGACGCACCCACUGGCGGACGUGCGCGCCAAAGAGAGCGUGAUCAAUCGGGUGGUGGCCUUGUUGACGAGUACGACGAGUGCGAUUCCGCCUGUGGCUAUUAACAUUCCGCCUGCCGACUCGCGUGGCGGCUUGGGUGAUGGUUCCAGUUCAGGAGGGCUAGGAGGGGGAGGAGGAGCAGAAAAGGAAAAAGAUACCGUCCAGUGCAGGGUGACGCGUACGGUGUGUAUGGUGUGUGCUGCGUACGCGGGGAGUGUCCUUGAUAAUGCGUUUGGGAGGCUUGGAUAUGAGGAUAGGGAAGCUGCGUUUGGACGGUGUGAUGAUAUUUUGAGUGAGUUUUGUGUGUGGCCGUUUGGUGUGCAGGAAGGGAGUGGGAGUGGGAGCGGUGGGUUUGGCUCCUCGACCCCCUCCUCCGCCUCUGCAGCCUCCCGCCGCGCCUCGCUCGCCAACCGGAUCGCGACGGGUGGCUCGAACGACCCGUACGGUCGGGAGAGUGUGCUUGGGUUGGUGGCGGAGGCGAGGAAGGAGGCAAAGGGAGGGGAGGAUGAUUUAGGGUUUGAGCUUGUUGCUGGGGUGUUGGAGGUUUUGGGGCGGUUGGAUUCGUUGCUUUAG